UACUUAAUGGAUGUAAACUAAAACAUAAUGAAUGUCAAUCUCAACGUAUAGUGCCUUUCAUUGACCGCAAACCUCAAUGUCUGACCGAUUGGUGUCCGCAAAGACAUCGGCGACGAUCACUGCCAAAGACGACGGUCAAGCGUUGACUUACGAGUCUAUCAUUGAGUCGUUUGUUCGCCAAAAGUCAUUCAAAUGCCAUUACGACGGAUGCGACAAAGGGUUCGUCACUCAAAGCCGAUUGGAUUUGCAUAUAAGCCGAAGACAUGCCAUCGAUGGCAGCGCACAGACCGGGGAACCGAUCGCCAAAUCAUCUCAUGUCAGACACCAAUCAUUGAGUGCAGCACUCGAUGACAGACAACACAUACCAGUCAUCACUACUACUACUAGUCCUACAGUCCCGACAAUAACCACAACCACUACUACUUCCAGUGCCGACAGUCAAUGGGUGGCCAAUACUCUACAUAAUCUCAUCACAUCAUCCGAUGCCGGAGACCAGUCCAUGAGUAGAGCACCCGAUGGCAGACAACUGAUGCCAACAAUCACUACCACUAGUCUUUCACCGCAACCGCCAAUCAUUACAACCUCUAUCUCCAGACCCGUCAGAAACUCAUCCGAUAUCACAGACCAGUCGAUGAGUACAGCGACUGAUGUAAGCGCACAGAAACUAGAGAUCACCGCCACUGGCCCUACAGUCUCGGAGCAGACGAUAACAACAACAACCACUUCCAGUCCCGACAGACAAUCGCUGGACAUAACUCUUACAAAUGAUUCGGACUCUGAUAUCGGUAUCAUUGGUAGAGUUCCGGCGCCCAAACGGCCCGCACGUAACCGAUCGCCCGUUGAUAUCAAGCCAUCGCUCAUAGACUCCAUACCUCUGAAGCCUAAUAUUGUCAAAAAAGCGCCCGAAAUGGAUAUUAAGGUGACGAGCGCUGGCAAUGAGCUAAUCCGUGACAUCGCGCCCGGCGUACGGAGGGUUAGGAGGCGUGAGUCGCCCGCAGAGCCCCGAGCGGUGGCCAUAAACACUACGACCACAGCGUUUCGGUCAACGAAAUGGCUCGAGUGUCCGAAUACGGGUUGCGGUAAAACAUUUCCAACAAACAACUCAUUGCACAAACAUCUGGAGCGGCGCUGCAAAUGGCGACCGCCGGGUGUCGACCAACCGGUGGCCACCACUAGUAGACCGUCAGCGGCGGUACACGAGUGUCCGGACUGUAGGCACACCUUUAAAAAACGCCGACAACUGCAUAGACACAGACAACAGCGCCGCUGCCAAUCGGGUGAACCACUGGUCAACCCGUGCCCGCGCGUCGACUGCGAUAAGACAUUUAACACACGGAAACAACUUCAACAACACCUUAAGUACGGCCACCGGAAGUACGACAAACCCCCGGCCGUUAACGGUGUCGGACAACCGGUGACCACCGCUGUUAGUUCAUCAGCGGCGGUGAUCAACCAGUGUCCAGAGUGUUGGCAGACCUUUAGAAGGCCGCGACAACUGCACAGACAUAGGGACCUCCGCUGCCAAUCGGGUGCCAGUGAGCCGGUGGCCAACCUGUGCCCGCGCGCCGACUGCGGCAAAACAUUUACAAACCGGAGACUACUUCACAAACACGUCAAGAAUCACCGGAAGUACGACAAACCCAAACCCCUGAUCGUUAACCGGCCACCGAUGUUAGAGACCCGCAAAGUCAUCGCUUGCUCCCCAAUGAGAUACCUGUGCCGGCACUUGGGCUGCCAUCACGGGUUUGCCGAUCAACAGCUACUGUACGCACACAUUCAGGCCGUCCACGUGUCCGCCGCGCUGUACGACCCGUCGGCGUCUGUACACCCGGCCGAUCGGCACCGAUGUUCGCGUUGUGACAACACGUUUGUGUCGAUGCGCGCCCUUCAAGACCAUCAAAUGCUGGCUCAUCGCUGA